AUGUCCUUCACGAACGUGUACUACAAACGAACAACCGGCACCCCGAAACAGUGCUACGUCUGCUACAAACCCACCACGACAUGUCUCGCCACCGCCAACACAGUUGACUUUAUCUACACUUGCGAUAGUCAUCUCAGCGAUCCAGGUUUCGCAACCCAGCUAGGCGAAAGCUCUGACCCCGUCGGCGCCCCAGGCGCGAAGAAGAUGGGUCUCAGUCCCGAAGAGAUCGCCAAGAUCAAAGAAGAAUGGGAGCUUAAACAACGUCUGAAGAAAGACUCGAAACCCGAUAAAUCGAAGGACGCUACUUCGACUGAUGACACCUCCACGGAUAAGGACGGUGACAAGGAGAAGAAACCCAGCAGUCCCGGUCCAGCGUCGCCGUCGCCAUCCUCGGGCUCUGGCGUGUCAACACCUGGCGCCACAACCGCAAAACCGACGCAUCAGCGGUACAGUCUCCAUCGUGAUUUUUUCGCGAUGAGGUUGGGAGAGCAUAGGAAGAGGAAGCAGGCGAAGCAGAUGCAGGAGUUGGCGCCUAGGUUGCCUGGCGCGCCAAGGGGCGGGAUCAGUCCUUCUGCAUGA